AUGUCCAGUCUGCAGCGUGUUAUCAUGAAAUCCAGACUACCACCGAUGUGUCCCAAUCCACGGUUUCCCAAACCGAGUGAUCGCGGCUUUCGGCGACAGACGGAUUACAAUCCAUUAAUGUGGGAUGAAUUCUUCGCAGAAAAGAAGGACGUAGAAACGAAGCAAGGUAAAUUCAGAGUUUAUUUGUCCGCUCCAACCGAACCGGGUGCACCGUUGCUGGUGUUGCUUCAUGGUGGGGGAUUUUCCGCACUGUCCUGGGCACAUUUCAGUAGCGAAGUUACCAAGCUGAUUCACUGCCAGUGUUUGGCUUUCGACAUCCGGGGACAUGGUGAUACGUACACGGAAGAAGAAGAUGACCUAUCAGCAGAACGAUUGGCCACAGAUGUUGGGGACGUGAUGCAAGUGAUGUACGGAGAGUCCGCCCCGCCAAUCAUACUAAUGGGACACUCGAUGGGUGGUGCAAUAUGUGUACAUGCAGCCAACAUGUUUGUGCUUCCCUCUCUUAUCGGUGUGGUUGUGAUCGAUGUCGUCGAAGGUACUGCAUUGGAAGCGCUGGCAAGUAUGCAGAGCUUUCUCCGAUCGCGUCCCACCACGUUCAAAAGCAUUCAGCACGCGAUCGAGUGGUGUGUUCGAAGCGGACAGGUACGGAACGUGGAAUCGGCCCGUGUUUCAAUGCCUGGGCAAAUAAUUAACAUCGAAACAAAACAGCUGGCAACGAACGAAUUACCGCUCAAAGCAGAUGCUUCCGCCGAGGAAAAGCUUGAGUUUAAACAUCCAAUGACGAUAUCGGAAGAUGCAGAAAGUGGCGAUAAUUCGAGCGCCUCCGGAAAUGAUCCUGCCAUCACUCCACCGGCAACACCAUCCGGCACGUCAAUGAAUCUGCGAAAAUACGCCUGGCGCAUAGAUCUAUCAAAGUCGGAAAAAUACUGGGAAGGAUGGUUCUCGGGCCUGAGUCAAAAGUUCCUAGACAUUCAUGUGCCCAAGCUGCUGCUACUGGCGGGCAUUGACAAUCUUGAUCGAGCGCUCACCGUCGGACAGAUGCAGGGUAAGUUUCAGCUGCAAGUUCUCGCCCGCUGUGGUCACGCCGUGCACGAAGAUCGACCGCACGAGGUGGCUGAAGUAUUAGCAACGUACUUGAUAAGAAACCGAUUCGCGCAACCGACCACCGACGGACAGUUCCUGAGGCAUAUGCCUGCGUGUUAA